AGCUCAAGCCUGUUGCUUGGUCAUGUGACGGCUGCCAUGAUCCGUUGUCUUGUCCUGCUUGGCUUCGCUUUUUGUGAUGCCUGGGCUGUAAAUGCCACUUACAAGUCUUACAGCGGAACAGGGUGUUCGUCAGGUGAGCGAGAGUUCGAAUGUGCCGUGCAGCAAGAUGUACUGUGCUGCCAGCAUGCAUCUCAAACUCUUGGUUGGUAUUGCCAGGGCACCGUUCUAAAUCGUAAAGACUUCCCCGCUGGGCAGGAUUGCAGCGGCCAGCACUCGCAGGAAAUUAUUGGAUUCCUGAACUUGGCAGGCGACUUGUCACGUGUUGCUGCUGGGGAAUGCAUCGAUUAUGGCGACGCCAUGUCUGUGCGCUUUACAGACGUGACCUCAGCAGCAAUACCAUGUGGCGGAUUUACCAGCACUGCAAGAGCGACAUCUCUGGGCAUAGCUGCUAUGUUGACCAUGAGCUUGACUCUGCAAAGAGUCCUGAGUGGAAUCUAGUGCUCAGCAUUCACCUGUUCCACAAAGUGGAUGCACAGAAUGCCUGUUGAAGUAUUCGGCUUUGCGUUUCGGUACCUGUGCGACGCUUGCCUGGACUGCGCAAGAAGCGCUGUCCUGAAGUCUCUUGGGAGCGGGCCCUCCAAGGGGC